UCAAGGCCUACUUGGAACCAGAUAUAGAUUCCUUUCAUGUCUUUUCCAAUGGAAGUAGACGUUCCUCGUAAUCCUAGGUCGAGCAAAGGUAACAACAGCUCAUCAUCAAUCAUCGUCGAUGAAAAUAACAAUGUUGUUGGGCUCAGAAAAGGGCCAUGGACUCUUGAAGAAGACACUCUUCUCAUUCAUUACAUUGCUUGCCAUGGCGAAGGCCGCUGGAAUCAGCUUGCAAAGCAUUCUGGUUUGAGGAGAACCGGAAAGAGUUGCAGGCUGCGAUGGCUGAAUUAUCUAAAACCGGAUGUUAAGCGAGGCAACCUUACCACAGAAGAGCAGCUCUUGAUUCUUCAACUCCAGUCCAAGUGGGGCAAUAGAUGGUCCAAGAUUGCGCAGCAUUUACCGGGAAGAACAGACAAUGAGAUCAAGAACUACUGGAGGACUCGGGUGCAAAGACAAGCGCGCCAUUUGAAGAUCGAUUCGAAUAGCAAGGCAUUCCAGCAAAUAGUUAGGUGUUUUUGGAUGCCAAGAUUGCUUCAAAAGAUUGAAGGUCAAGGAUCAUCUCCUCCUCCAGCCAUGCCAUCCCAAAACUUGUCUUCUUCUAUUCAUCAAGUUUGUGCUAGUGAAGUACAUAAUCCUCAUGAUCCAAGUGACAAUAAAUCAAGCUCAAGUACAUCUUCAUCGUCUUCACAAUCCAUGAACAAUAUUCCACAUACCCUUCCCCUUUCAGAUCAUCAGUACCCGACAAGUCCAUUCCGGGCCAUGGGUGACACAUUUCACUACGAUGUGGACGACACUGCUGCAGGUUAUGACACCACUACUGAAAGCUUCGGCAGCAUACCAGCCAUGGCAGCAUUAGGGGACUUUGAAGAUUCAAAUUUUGUUUUUGGCGAUGAGUUUUCUGAUGGCUUGUGGAACAUGGAUGAAUCUUGGCAGUUGAUGAGGCAGCUGCAAGCCAAGGGAACAUAGGGUCAUUAUUCACGGGAUACUCUAAAAUAUUCUGGGACUAUUAAGUUUUAAGAUUUUGUUAUUUUACAUGUCAUUGUAUUUGAAAGUUACAAAAUAAGUUAAUUUGCAUUGAUAGCUUUUGUGAAACUUAGCAGCUCCA